AUGUACAACAAGGCCUUUCUUUUGACCAUGGAAAACGGAACUCAGGUCGUUGCGAAAGUGCCGAAUCCAAAUGCUGGCUUGGCCCAUUUCACAACGGCAAGCGAGGUCGCGACCAUGGACUUUGCUCUCAAUGUGUGCAAAACUCCUUCACCCAAGGUUCUCGCUUGGAGUUCCAAGGCAAGUGAGAACCCUGUGGGUGCAGAAUAUAUCAUCAUGGAGAAGAUUGAAGGCAAGCCGUUGUCGGUAUACUGGAAAUCAAUGCCGAUUGAUGAAAAGACUACCAUAGUUAGGACGUUGGCUAGAUAUCAGCAAGCUUGGAUGUCUCAUACCUUCAAACAAUAUGGGAGUCUCUAUUAUUCGAAUGAUGUUCCUACUUCGCCAGGACAGCCUACAUUCUCUUAUUUGAAAAGAAUAAAUGAAUCUUCCUCUCUCGAGAUUCAAGAUAAGCGGUUUGCUGUGGGCCCUACAGUAUGCCGACAAACAAUUGAUUAUGGCAGAGCGGGGGUAAAUUUCUAUCGCACUCCUUGGAACACACUAGAAGGCUACUGUAUCUCGAUCGGCGAUCGAGAAAUCGCCUGUGUAAAGGCAGUCGACCCAAUUCCAAAGCCUUUUGUAACAUUAGCCGGCCGAUACAUUCCCACCCGAGAAAAGAAGCUAGCUGCUCUAGAAGCGUACUUGAAACUCAUCAAGUUCCUAUUACCAACGGACUCCACGAUCACAACCUCACAUAUUUGGCAUUCGGAUCUCCAUUUAGAGAACAUAUUUGUCAACCCGGACGACCCAACUGAAAUAGUCGGGAUCCUAGACUGGCAAUCCUCUUCUCUAUCCCCGCUCUACGAAAAUUCGGCCUCACCCGCACUUCUGGAUUACGAAGGCCCGCGAUUAAAAGGCAUUGAACGUCCGGAAUUCCCUAAACAUCUAGAUGAAUUAGACAAAGCCGAGCACGACAGAGCUUUCGACAAUUGGAUGGACAUGACACUCGCAGCAUACUAUCGAACACUAAUCCACUACACCAACAAACCUCUAUAUCGCGCCAUGGAAUUCCAGGAGACCCUCAGCUUCCGGCUCCUCACAUACGCCCGGAACAUAUUGAUAGACGGCGAACUCGUCUACCUCGACAUCGUCACCGACGAGCUUCAAAAGACCUGGGCCACACUCCCCGGCGUCCAGAAGCUCGGUAACCCACCGUUCCCCUUCACAUUCUCGCAGGAGGAGCUGGAUGCACAUAAGAAGGAUUACGAGGACAUGGCCGAGGGAAUGAAGGGUCUGAGCGAGAUCCAGCAAUGCAUGCGUGGGUUUUUUCCAACCGAUAUCACGGUGGCACAUGAGGAUUAUGAGAUGGCCAGGCAGACGGCGAGGGAAUGUAAGGAGAAGGUGCUGGAGAGUUUUGCGCGGAAUGAGGUGGAGAGGGAGGCGGUGAGGGUUUGGUGGCCUUAUGAUUAG